AUGCAGUCCUCUAACAACAAUCCAUUGGCAUCGGGGCCGUCUCCCACAGCCACCAUUGUUGUCUCAGCACCGAAAUACCUUCCUAGUGGACCUUCACAAUCCGUCUCGCCAACGCCGGUGUCGGCAUCUCAGCCUAAUCAGCAAUCAUAUUCCACGUCUGUUCCCGCCAACCAGAGUCAUGCUGCCACCGCCAGCCUUUAUCAGUGUGCGCAUUGUCAACGAAGGUAUUCUCGGCCUGAGCAUCUGGCGCGACAUAUUCAGACACAUACUCUUGGCAAGCGGUUCGCAUGUCAAAUAUGCGGGAAAGCUUUUGCACGGCAGGAUCUGCUGAAACGCCAUGUCACUAAUCACGAGAACGACAAUGACCCCAACAAGAAGAGACGAAGGACCGACACGUCCCCCGGUGCUGGUCGUGUCUCUCACGCAUGUCGGCCCUGCGCCACUGCUCGUGUAAAGUGCGAAGAGGUCAAGCCGUGUACACGGUGUCGCAACCGCAAUCUGAAUUGCGAGUACUCCACGACCGAGGCCGGGUCUGCCGCUGCCAUGCAUCUCCUUCAUCUUUCCGCCAACGUCAACACGACAACUUCAACACCCGGGUCGCUAGCAACAUCACCAUCACAGUCCGCCUAUGACAGUAGCCCCUCCGCAGCGUAUCAGCAACCUCCUCAGCAGCAACACAUGGGCAUGCCAAGAACGCACAUGAACAGUCAACCAAAUCAAGGGCACCACGUCAAGUCGGAAAGCGGACAGUUGACAACCCCGGAAAAUGGCAUGGAUCAGGUCUCCGGUGGUAUACCCAUUAAUUACGAGAUAGGUGGACAAAAUGUCGAUUUGACUAUGCCCUUUUCCGACUUCUUACAAAAUGUUAUUUACGAGCCCGAGCUGGAUGCAUCGAGAAUGGCUGAAGCGCAAGGACUUGCCGUCCUGGACUUUUGCGACAACUCAAACCUUGAGUUAAACGAGGUCGAUUUCGGCCUUCUAGACCACUGGAACAUGGACAACGUUGCCAACACUGGAUCAAAUCAAAGCUUUACACCACGGACCGACGAUUCUAUCGACUUGGUGCAGAUGCGACAGGCGCUGGUCAAGGUCUGGACCGACUCACCAUGGCAAUGGGCACCGAACAACAAAGAUUCUGGGUACGUCGAGCACGGUAACUUUUCGGUACCAUCCGGCGACACGACCAGUGCGGCCUUUCAGGAGAGCCGCAAGAAACACGCCAGGAUCGUCAGGGACAAGCUGGACCAAUCAGGACGAGACCAAAUUCUAGCCAUUGUCCUGCAGACCUGCAAGAACGACAGCAUCAUGACCCGGGUCGCCUCGUCGUUCCCGUCUCUCGACGUCAUGGAUAGCUUAAUCCAUAUCUACCUGGCAUCCCACUUUUGCCAAACAUCACAAUGGAUUCACCAUGGCUCGUUUUCCAUGAACGCUCAAUGGCCCGAAUGGCUCGCAGUGGCAGCGGCAGCUGGGGCUACCUUUACUCCCGUGCAAACCUUGCGCAAGUUCGGGUUCGCCCUUCAAGAGGCGGUCCGAGUCACCAUCCCCGCAAGGUUCGAGGAUGCAAACACCACGAUCAAGAACCUGGGUCUGGUCCAGACUUUGAUUUUGGGUCAGGAUAUUGGCCUAUGGAGCGGGAACCGACGCAAGAUGGAGAUUGCCGAGUGUCACCUGCUGAUUCCGAUCACUAUGAUGAGGUAUCGGGGCAAGUUCCAGCGGGCAUCGUACCCCCUAGUUGAAGUCAGCAUGUCUGACGAGGGCGAGGUCUUGGAGAAAAAAUGGAAGACCUGGUGCGAGCGUGAGUCGUGGAAGAGGCUACUUUUCCACUGCUUCGUGCGAGACGCUCAGACUUCCAUGACAACCCUCACCAACCCCUCCAUGUCGUACUCGGAGCUCACGCUGCCCCUCCCUGAGGCCAAGGAGUUGUGGUUUGCGAAGACGGCGGCGGAGUGGAAAAUGCAUUACCUGGAAAGGACUGCUGGACAAAACAAGCGACCCCCCUCCAUUGGAGACCUGUUCCGCGACAUCAACCUCUUGGCGACGACCCGCCAGAGGCUGGAUCUGCAAUUCGCAAUUUCGAUAUACCUGCACGGCUAUUGGGCGCUGAUUCUCGAGUACCUCCAGCUUUGUUCCGUGUUGCGCACCCGGACUUGGCUGAACAACACUGGAGGUAAAUGUGAGGACGUGCUGCGCUCAAGGCAUGCGGAGCUCUGCAAAGACCUGCAGGGCUUCCUGCUGGUCACGUCGGACUGGCACGAGAUGCUCUCCACACAGGAGAGCCUGGUGCUGCACCUCCUCAUGAUGAACCUGCACCUGUCGCUCAACGACCUGCAGCUGUUCUCCGGAAAGGAGGGCGAGGACCAGGCACGCCGGGUCUUUGGCGACCUGCGCGAGUGGUCGCAGAGCGCCGAGGCUCGUCAGGCCCUGUGGCACGCGGGUCAGGUGCUGCGGCAUGCCAAAAUGUUCCCGCAGGGCCAUCUCAAGGACUUUUACGCCGUGGCCGUCCACCAUGCGUCUCUGGCAGUCUGGACCUACGGCGUCGUCACCAGGGCGUCCGGCAACAAGCCGACGCCACAGGCUGGCUAUGAACAGGAGAACGUGUUCCUGGACGGCACGGAGUCGACCGUCGUGCACCGCUUCAUCGGGUUCAACCAGGGCCGGCCGGUGAUCCUGGGUCCAAUGAGCCGAGCCGGAGCGAUGGAGGCGUCGGUUGAGGACCCGAAAGCGUGCAUGGAGGUCGCUCAAGAGAUCCUCCGCGCAAACUUCCGCGACUCGACCGAUGCCCACCCGCCCAUUGUCGAGAACCUUUGCCUUUUGAUCAAGCAACUGGGGCACGCCGCUUGGGCUGUUGACAUGUCAUGA